AUAGAGACGGAUACGGCAAUUGAAUGAAUGGCUUCGUCCUCUUCUUCACCUUUGACUCCGGCGAUGAAAAACGGAGAGUCUAGAAACUGGACAGAGCUACCGCCGGAACUGACGUCAUCGAUCCUGCACCGUCUCGGUGCGAUUGAGAUACUUCUAAACGCUCAGAGAGUAUGCAGAUCGUGGCGACGCAUCUGUAAAGACCCGUCGAUGUGGCGUAAAAUCGACAUAAAAAUCCCGAGAAAAUUCGAAGACUUGUUUCACGAUCUCGAGGCCGUGUGCCGUCGCGCCGUUGAUCUCAGCCAGGGAGGCUUGGUUGAGAUCAACAUUGAGCACUUGGCGAACACUUCUCUCCUCAAUUACAUCGCCGACAGAUCAAGUAAUCUGAGACGGCUUGGACUUGUUUACGGUGGUCCAGUAAUUAGCAGUGGAGUUGUCGAAGCAGUCAUGAAGCUCCCAUUACUUGAAGAACUUGAGAUUACAUACAUCAGAGGACAAGUUUUGAAAGUUGUAGGCCAGUCUUGUCCAAAUCUGAGGACGUUAAAGCUAAACUGUAUGGGUGCUUUUAAGUGUUGUGAUAAAGUUGCUCUAGCAAUUGCUGAAACAAUGCCCGGUCUUCGCCACCUCCGGCUUUACAGGAACGGAUUAUCGGAUAUGGGCUUGAACGCCAUUCUUGAAGGUUGUCCUCACCUGGAACACCUUGAGUUACAUAAGUGUUUGAACAUUAACGUUGUCGGGGAUAUGGGGAAAUGAUGUUUUGAGAGGAUAAAGAUUUGAGAUGAUA